AUGCCUCCUGCUCAGAUCAAGCAGGAUCUCAACCGAUCCGGAUGGGAGACCACCGACUUCCCGUCAGUCUGUGAGAGCUGUCUCCCGGACAAUCCUUACGUGCAGAUGCUGAAAGAGGACUAUGGCGCAGAAUGCAAACUUUGUACACGUCCGUUCACCAUCUUCCGCUGGAAGGCCGACCGCACCGCCCGCACCAAGCGCACCACCAUCUGCCUCACCUGCGCCCGCCUCAAGAACUGCUGCCAGUGCUGCAUGCUGGAUCUGUCCUUCGGCUUGCCCAUCGUCGUUCGUGAUGCCGCCCUGAAGAUGGUCGCCCCGGGCCCGGAAAGCACCAUCAACCGCGAAUACUACGCCCAGGGCCACGAGAAGGAGAUUGAGGAAGGCCGCGGCGCGGUCGAGGAGUACGAGAAGACCGACGAGAAAGCGCGCGAGCUGCUCCGCAGACUCGCCAACAGCGAGCCUUAUUACCGCAAACAGCGCCGGAUUGAGGCGGCCCCCGAAGACGGGGAGGGUCCCGCGACAGGGUCCAGCGAGGCGCCCGUCGUCCACAGUCGGUACGGUAACGGGCCGGGUCCGAUUCGCACCAGCGAGAGCCGCAGGGGAACACCGCUGCCAGGCCGGGGCGGACGCGGAGCGGGAGGGGGAAUGCGCGGUGGACGCGGCGGGCGUCCCUUCCCCAGUGCGGCGCAGGUGCCGCCCUCCGCCGACGACAUCAACCCGCCCGCCGACCCCAACAUCACCUCGUUGUUCGUGACGGGUGUCGAGGACGACCUGCCCGAGCACGAACUGCGCACCUUCUUCACCCAGUUCGGCUCGCUCCGCUCCUUGAUCUGUUCCCACCGCGCCCACUCGGCGUUCAUCAACUUCGCCACCCGCGAGGGCGCCGAGGCGGCUGCGAAGCACUGCCAGGGCAAGGCCGUCCUUCAGGGUUGUCCCCUGCGCGUCCGGUGGGGCAAGCCCAAGCCGCUGGACAACAUGGACCGGGAGGAGCGGAUGAAGAACGCCCGCGAGGGUCGACAAGCCGUGGGCACGCGCCCCUCCGGCGAUGGCGGCAAGCGAGCCAUCACGGCGGCCGGAGAGGACCUGGCUAAGGAACAAAGACCCCAGAACUACGCAGUGGCACCACCCCCGGGUGCUGGCGAAAUCCAGUACUCCAGUUUGAACGGCGAUUAA